GUCCAAAGCCGGUUUUCACUUCAGUUUGAGACAAGAAAAACGGAGACGGUACGGGCUGCUGUGGAAUCGAACUGUUUUAAUCCAAGGAUCCUGAUCUAAUGGACAAACUCUUUGUAAAUGCUUUUUAAGACAAAUUGCUUUAGGAAAGCACACACUGGCUACUCUGCAGGCCCCGGCCUCGAGUCUUAUCUGAAAGGUUUCAACUUCACUGGAGAACCGCCUUGGCUGCUUUGCACCUGAUUAAGGGUUUGCCAAAUUCCAUCCGUUUGUUUCAAAUUUCUUUUUGUGACCACAAAAGUUACUGUGCGACCAUGAACACUUUCACUCCUGCUGAUUUUGACUUCACGUUCCUAGAGGAGGGAUUCUGCGCCCGCGACAUUGUUGAGCAGAAACUCAACGAGUCAUCUAAUUCGGAUGAUAAAGAUGCGUUCUACGUGUGCGACCUGGGCGAUGUGUUGAAGAAGCAUCUGCGCUGGGCACGGGCACUGCCUCGGGUCAUGCCCUUCUAUGCUGUGAAGUGCAACGACAGUCGGGCUGUUGUUAUGACACUGGCAUCUUUGGGCGCUGGUUUUGACUGCGCUAGUAAGACUGAAAUUCACCUCGUCCAGUCCAUUGGUGUGGACCCAAGCAGGAUCAUCUAUGCAAAUCCAUGCAAACAGGUGUCCCAAAUCAAGUACGCAUCAGCACAUGGUGUGCAAAUGAUGACCUUUGACAGCGAGGUGGAGCUCAUGAAAGUGGCGAGGUGCCAUGAAAAUGCCAAACUAGUGCUGCGCAUUGCCACAGACGACUCCAAGGCUGUGUGCCGUCUGAGCGUCAAGUUUGGGGCCACCCUGAAGGCUUCUCGAGGCCUGCUGGAACGAGCUCAAGAGCUGGGCCUGGACGUGAUCGGAGUCAGUUUCCACGUGGGCAGCGGGUGUACUGAUCCAGACACCUACACACAGGCCAUAUCAGACGCACGUUGCGUAUUCGACAUGGCGGCUGAGCUGGGCUACAACAUGCACCUGCUGGACAUUGGGGGUGGAUUCCCUGGGUCUGAGGACGUCAAACUGAAGUUUGAGGAUAUCACCAAUGUCAUUAAUCCGGCACUGGACAAGUAUUUCCCUGUUGAUUCCGGGGUCAGAAUCAUUGCUGAGCCAGGCCGCUACUAUGUGGCUUCUGCCUACACACUGGCUGUUAACAUCAUCGCCAAGAAGGUCAUCAUGAACGAGCAGUCAGCCUCUGAUGAGGAAGACGAGGGGACCAACGACCGGACUCUGAUGUACUACGUUAACGAUGGUGUCUACGGAUCCUUCAACUGCAUCCUGUACGACCACGCUCACUGCCUGCCAACGCUGCACAGGAAGCCGAAGCCAGAGGAGCGCAUGUUUCCCUGCAGCAUUUGGGGGCCGACCUGCGAUGGGCUGGACCGCAUCGUGGAGCAGUGCUACCUGCCAGACAUGCAGCUGGGAGACUGGAUGCUGUUUGAGAACAUGGGGGCCUAUACUGUAGCCGCCUCCUCCACCUUCAACGGAUUCCAGAAGCCUGACAUAUACAACAUCAUGUCCCGGGCCUCUUGGAAAUAUGUGCAGCAGAUCCGUGCCCAUGGUAUGAUUUUUUCCACGGAGGAGGCGUGUCCCGGUGAGGUGCCAUCCGGUUGUGGCCGUGAGAGUGGCAUAGAGCUCCCAGCGAAGCCCUGUACCACCCAUGUUAUCUAACAGGCACACUGCCGCUCUCCGGGCCUCUGAAUCCUGUGUCCGUCAAUGUGUUUUUUUUUUUUUUUUCUAUUAUUUUGUAUUUUCAUUUGACCAUUUUUUUAAGGGCCAAUUACUUGACAGGAGAACGAGAGGGGCAUGUAGGCGCACAAUUCUUUUAUUCUGUAUGAAAGAUGGAGAUCUAGUUCUGAAGUGAGGCUGAAUAUCACUCUGAAAGUCACUAUGGGUAUGUUCUCCAGAGAUAUUUAUGGUUUAUUCAAGUACCGCACCAAUGUUUCAAAACUAUUUUCAUUGCAAUGCAAAAUUGCUACAAUAGUAAUCUACAACUCCCUGAAUGCCUUCCUUUCAGUUGAUUUCACUUUCUUUUUUACUAAUGCUACUACCCAUGACUCUUAGAGGCUGUUAGAGGGAUGGUUUUCUUCAGGGAAUGGCUGCUAAGAUAAAUUUCCUCUGGUCUCCACUUUCUUACAGAACCCCUUUUAAAUACAGGGACCCAACAAGCAAACUGUUCCCUCUUCUCCUUUUUAUAUGUAUUUUCUGUUUUAGUUUGAUUUUAGCAAGUCAAUUAGUAACUAUUUAGAUUAAUAUUGAGUAACAACUAAAACAAUACAUCUGGAUAUUUAAAUGGAUGAGAUGGGACUGCACAUUUGUAUUGCUUUCCUAUGGAAACUUUUUUUAAAUUUUCUAUUUUUUUUUGUUAAUAAAAUCUAGCUGCAAAGCUGACUUGCA